CCUGCAAUAGCCUUGAGGCUGCCGACGCGGUGAUAAGCAGUUGUUUGCGUGCUCGCUCCGGAGCAAACGUGGUUUAUCUCUUCCUUGUUCCAGCCCUGCAGGGAAAAACCCAGCGAUUUCACUGCCUUGGAACCCCCUCAGAUGUCCUGUGGUAGCCCCCGGGAGGUCCCGCCUGCCUUAGCCCUCCUCCUGCCAGCGAUGGCCUCGAUGCCCCAGUGAGGGGCGCGAGGACAAGGAACGAGUGUCCCCAACACUGCCACACCCCCGGAGAGCCAUGGACGUGCCCGUAGGGAACCUCAUUGACUUCGACAGCGAAACGCCCGCCUGUGACCCCUCGGAGCCCGCUGCUCCCGCUGCUCCCAGCGACGGCGGCCACCCGGGGGACGCAGGGGAGGAGGCGGCGGAGGAGAGCGAUGCCACCGAGUCAGCGGACAGCGAGAAUGACAUGGGGGACUCUCCCCGGCACUGGCGUGGCUACCGCCGCUCCUCCUCCAACGAGUCCUUCUCCUCCAGCCACAGCACGGAGUCGGCGCAGGACGAGGCCACGGCCGAGCGCCGCGAGUUCAUGCGGAGUUACGUGGAGAAGAUCUUCACCGGCGGAGAAGAUCUGGACCAAGAGGAGAAGGCCAGGUUCGGGGAGCUCUGCAGCAGCGAGAACGGCAAGGGCAGGGAGUGGUUUGCGAGAUACGUGAGCGCCCAGCGCUGCAACUCCAAGUGCGUCUCGGAGCAGACCUUCUACCGCCUGAUGCAGUCCUUCGCCCUCGUGCUCUUCGAGUGUCACCAGAUGGACGAUUUCAGCCCCGCCAAGAACCUCAUGACCAUGUGUUUCACCUACUACUACAUAGGGAAACCUCACUCCCUGCCCUUGGAGGCCAAGGAGAAGCCCAUGGGCAGCAUCGACUCGUACCUGAAGUCAGCGAACACCUGGCUGGCCGAGAAGAAGGACAUCGCAGAGAGGCUGCUGAAAAACACCUCGGCCAAGACAGAGAACGUCAAGGGCUUCUUUGGGGGCCUGGAGACCAAACUGAAGGGUCCUGGCACCAAAAAGAGCGACGAAGGUGAAGACAAAGCAAAGGAGAAGCUGAAGAAGACGGCGUCGCAGCAGAGCCCGGAGGAGGAGAAGAAAGGGGAGAAGAUCUACCUGUACAUGCACCUCAAGCAGCAGCCCAUCUGGCACAACCUCCGGUUCUGGAACGCCGCCUUCUUCGACGCCGUGCACUGCGAGCGCAGGAAGAGGUCCCCCACCACCAGAGGGAACCCUGGGGAGGAAGAGGAGAAGAGGGAGAAGUGGUGCCACAUGACGCAGGAGGAGCGCGACGACAGCCUGCGCUUCAACGAGAACAUCACCUUCGGGCAGCUGGGCACCUUCAUCCACAACAUGCUGGCCUUCGGCCUCAGCAAGAAGCUCUGCAGCGACUUCCUGAAGAAGCAGGCGACCAUCGGCAACCUGGAUGAAGAGCAAUACAAGCUGCUCAGUGACCACAUCGAGCAGAUGGCCGCCGAGUAGCCGCCGCGGGGAGGGGAGGGGAGGGGAGGGGAGAGGAGCCCACCUCCGGGGCUACCUGGGACCGAAGCUGGGCUAC